CGGGCGGCCGGAGAGCUGGGUCUGUGCCCGGCGCUGUCAGUAGGUGGCGGGGCCGGCGGCAGAGAGAGAGGGAUAAGCGGCUCAUGUGUGUGAGCUAGGCGGGGGCCGUGUAUCGCACCUCAGUCACACACCACCGCACUACAUAGAAGAAGAGGGCUGCGCGCUGGACCGGGGGCACCGGGAGCUGCUGCUUGGAUGAAAGUUUGCUCAGAUGCCGGUGCAGGCAACGUGAACAGUCAUGUUAAAGUGAAGCAGAAAGGUGCCGUGCAGAACAUGCUAAGGAGACUGGACAAGAUCAGGUUCAGAGGUCAUAAAAGAGAAGAGUUUCCUUACUUAGCUGAUUCUCCCAAUGCUUCUGACACAGAAUGUGGCGAUGAAAUCACACUGAAACUAUCUCGAUCAUCAAAAGAAAAUGAGGAGUUAAAGGACCCUGCUAAUUCAGUAACCAUCAUCAUGGCUUCUGGAAUACCAGAAUACAACCGGACAGAGACUGACCGACUCAACGAGGUUAAGGGGCACCUGGAAAUUGCCUUGCUGGAAAAACACUUUCUUCAGGAAGAGCUAAGGAAGCUAAGGGAAGAGACCAACAUUGAAACGUUAAAACAGGACCUGGAAAAGGAAAGGCAAAAAAGAGUAGAACUGGAACAGAAAAUGACAGAAUUAGUGAAAGCGAGAAGUGAAGAGUCUCUGGCACAACCAUCUUCAAAGGGGCAGUCUCAGAACAAUGGUGCAGAUAAUCCCAGAAAACAAACAAUGUGCUCUAGAGUUCAGAAAUGGUUUUACGAUCGAUUCGGUGAAUACAUUGAGGAUUUCCGGUUUCAGCCAGAAGAGAACACAAUUGAAACAGAAGAGCCACUAAGUGCUCGAAGAUUGACAGAAAAUAUGAGAAGAUUAAAGAGAGGUGCCAAACCAGUUACAAAUUUUGUGAAGAACCUUUCUGCCUUAUCAGACUGGCAUUCUGUUUAUACUUCUGCAAUUGCCUUUAUUAUCUACAUGUAUUCUGUGUGGCAUGGCUGGGCCAUCCCUAUGUUUUUAUUUUUAGCUAUUUUGAGGUUAUCCUUAAAUUACCUCAUUGCCAGGGGUUGGAGGAUACAGUGGUGCAUUGUGCCUCAAGUUUCAGAACCCAUAGAGCCUCCAAAGGAAGACCUUACGGUUUCUGAGAAGUUUCAGUUGGUUCUCGAUGUAGCGCAGAAAGCACAGAACCUGUUUGGAAAGAUGUCUGACAUACUGGAAAAAAUUAAAAACCUAUUUAUGUGGGUCCAGCCAGAAAUUACACAAAAACUAUAUGUUUGCCUUUGGGCGGCCUUCAUCGCAUCCUGUUUUUUUCCAUAUAGACUAAUUGGCCUCUGUAUGGGUCUCUAUGCUGGCAUCAAGUUUUUCCUCAUUGACUUCGUUUUCAAACGAUGCCCGAGGCUUCGAGACAAGUAUGACACUCCAUACAUUAUCUGGACAAACCUUCCUACGGAUCCUCAACUUAAAGAACGAACUAAUGUAACUGCAUCUAGAAGGCUGUCAGGGCAUGAAAAGAUGCAGUCUGUGUCAAGAAUUAAUGUGACCUCCUCUGCUCCACAAGCAACAAGCCGAGAUGACGAAGGAGGAAGAUACCAUACUACAAAAAAGAGCAGCUUUCAUGAGGUCUUCAGUUUAUCAGAAACAGAGCGCCCUUUGCCAGCUUGUGACACAGGCUGGCGCUGCUGUUUGAUUAACAGAGAUCGUAAAAUGCCCACUGACUACAUCCGAAAUGGUGUACUCUAUGUAACAGAAAACUACUUAUGCUUUGAAAGCUCAAAAUCUGGUUCAUCCAAGAGGAACAAAGUCAUAAAACUAACAGAUAUAACAGACAUUCAGAAGUACAAAGUUCUUUCAGUUCUCCCCGGAUCUGGCAUGGGAAUCGCAGUUACAACACCUUCAACACAAAAGCCUCUUAUCUUUGGUGCCAUGGUGCACAGAGAUGAAGCAUUUGAGACCAUCUUUCAACAAUAUAUAAAGAUCAAUUCAACAGCAACGAACAGUGACACAUAAGAUACACCUUUACCCUUCACCGUGACUUUCUAAUGUUCAUCUUGCCUUCUACUUUAGUAUUUUUUGCAAUAAUCCUACUGAAUAGGAGGAUUUUUUUGCUGUUACCAAGAGCAAGAAUUCUGUGUUUUAUAUUUCCUUACAUUUUUAAGCAUCUCUUCUUCCCUAACUUUUUUUAAUUUUUUUACGAUAAGUAAAAAUGCACAUGAAGUGGUUACCCAUGUGAUCAUUUCUCCUUUCAUGUGUUUAUUAUUUACGUACAUUUUAAUGUACAGUAUAAAUGUUUAAAAAGUCUGACAUUGGUGAGUCUUUAGUCAGAUAUAUUGUACAAGAGUACAGUUUCAGCAGAAUUUGUUACAUAAAGAAGUUUAAGCACCAUUUUUGUGCUGACUAAAUCCAGAUGAGUAUUAGAAACGUUUCUAAUAUUUAUCUCCUGAAAGUAAACAAUGAGACAUAAAAAUUGCACUUAUUAGUGUUUUCAUGUAAAGUUAUGAUGUCUGUAGCCUCUGGAAGCCAUAAUGCCUGAAGAUAAUCAUUUUCGCCACUGCAUUUUUGGUUAUCCAGCUUUGUUUUUAGGAUAUUGAUUCUGAUUCAAACUUUUCUUGUCAACUUAUUUUCAUCCAAAACCAAUAUUCACAGACAAGACUUUGUAAAGAGUAUUCCUCAUGCGACUGUAAUUUCCAAUAUGUGGUUUACACAGUUAUCAGCAGCACCUUAGGAUGUGAACCAAACACUUGGCUGAAAAAUAUCAACAUUUUCAUGCUUGUAAAUAAGGCUGAUUUCAUUCCUUAAUCCUAGAUUAAGUUCUCCAAUUUACAGUCAAAUGGAGGGUGUUUCUGUUUUGCCCUUUUUAAUCCAGCAUUUCACAAGUUGCACACGUAUUGUCAUUGGAGUGGAAAAAUGCUGAAAAUGUUUUUUAUUGUAGGACAUUAUUCACUCACAUACAUUCAUACUCUUUGUUAAACUGUAAGAUACAUUUUGUCCAAGUCCACCUAAAUGUUGGGGCUUUAGCUAACCAUCUAUUGUGUAUAGGGGGCUUCUCGACUCUCCCCUGAUGUCAAGGGAAAAGAAGGGCCAGUCAGGCUGGAUUUCAGUAUGCCCAUCAUUAUGUUGUUGUGGUAAAAAGCUGCCAGGUGUCUGGGAGCAGCCUUCUCCUUAUUCAGAAUAUAUACACUCCCAGCAGAGAUGGCCUAUUCUUCUGGCAGCUGAUAUAUAUUGCCAGCUCAUGAGUUAAGAGUCACAGACAUGUUAUUGUCUCAGUUGCUUGAUUCUCUGCAUAAUUUGGAGCUGUAAUUGAGACCAGUGGAUGGAGGGUAAUCCAUUAACCUUAAUAUAAAAAACCACCAUAAGUGGUCACCAUUUUCCCAUAUUUUCCAUUUACUAAAUAAAAAAAAUUCCCAAAGCUUUACUUAUAUGUUAAAAACUUUAUUUUUAUUUUUUUUAAGUAUGUAUUUUUUUUCUUUUUUCUUUUGCAUUUAAUAAAUCUUUGGGAAUGUUUGUAUAUAGUAAAUGUGAAAUAUGGGGAAUUUGUGACCACCAAUGGAAUCCUGGCAUAAUGACAAUUUUAUUGCAUUUUCAGCCCUGCAUGCUUGCUGGUGGCAAAAAAGUACUUUGGCUAAUAACUGCUAGACAUUAUACAAAUGGGAAAGCCUCUCAAAUUAUUUUUAUUGAUAAUAAGCUUUCAGUUGUGUAUUUCUGAGCAUUUCCUGUUAUGUGCUUUUCAGUCCUCACCGCAGUACAUUUAGCAGUAAUACAUUUUAGCUAUAAAAAAUGAUCUACAAUUGUGUUCACUAGUAAAGGAAAACUGACAGCUUAUUCACCUGCACUAAACCCAAUAACAGAGUUAUAGUGCGGGUAAACAGGAUUGAAAUGAGAUAUAACUUACCUGGAUAGACCCAUUAUAGCCGGUAUGGCUAAUAUGUCAAUCCCCGACUUUGCGCAAUGAAGGCAGGAUCCAGCAUGGAGACAGGAAUACUGGGUAUGCAGGAUCCCAACGUCAUUGCAUGAAGGCGGUGAUUAACAUUCUAACAAUGUCAGCUAAUAAUGGGUCUAUCUGCCAAAUCAGACUACAAAUCUGGGUAAGUUAUACCUCAUUUUAAUCCGGUUUACUCCCACUAUAUCCCUGAGUAUUGGUUUUAUUGGAAGUGAACUGAGCUUUGCUUUAAGACCAUAUCAGUACAUUCAAUGAGUUUAAUUGUUGCACUUAGAAUAUUUGUUUUGCCAUUUUUCACAUGCAGGCCAUGACUAUGCAGGCCAUUACCAUGAUUAAUGAUUUAGAGCAGGGAAAGGCUUUCCAUGAAUGUUAAAAGUUUAAAUGUAGCAGUGUACAUAGCUUUACAGUUACAGCAGUAUUUACAGCAGCAGGUCUGUAGUCUGUGAUAUCUAGGAACACUGCCAUAAGAAUCAGUUGUGUAUACACAUUUUUCUUUAUCGUACUAUAGUACUCUUGUACUGUAAAGCUGUUAUAUGAAUUAUAUAAGCUUAAUGGUGAAAACUUGAUAAAUGAAAGUCUAGUCCUUACAGUAAUUUACUAUUUUUAGUCAUGUUCCAAUUCAUAAAGGCUUUCUUUUCACUAUAUCUGAACUAUUUGGUACUAUUCUACCCAGUAAAGGGCAUAGGGAAGUGUGGCUAGAAGAACUAAGCUGCUUACUUUUGAUGGCAAAGAAACGGCAUUCAUCUCAGUUCUUACUCUGAAGCAGAGUGAAUUUUUGGUUAAGACUGCUUACAGUGUUGGAGGAACUAGUUAUUUCCCAGCCUUUGGAAGGGUAUAUAGUGAGCCCAAUUUACACCCAUUUUUUCAGUUAUUAUGGCAUUUUAGAGACUGACUGUAAGGGACCUGCUUUUGUCAUAGGAUUACAUUAGUAUCCUAUGUAUGUCAAAUAGUAAAGUAACAGUGGGGUACGUUUGUUUAUGAAGAUGUCAUUUUAGUUGAAUAUAAUGUGGAAACUUUCAUCCUUAUGUACAAGAUCUCUUAAAUCACGAUAUAUGAUAGAAAAUGGUCACCUUGUUAUUUGGUUAAAUGUGGUCAGUUGUCAUAGGUCACGUAUAUUGUUUACAAUGAAUAAAUGCCUUUCACUAUUGUCUCACGCUUGUUUCAGACCUUGUACAGUAGAUAAAUGAUCAAAUUUGUUUUGUUUCCACCCUCCACCCAACUGCCUCAUUAAAACCGGAAGAAAAAGGCAUACCUUGUGAGGCUCUGGUUGGAAAUGUAAUUUCAUCUGGUCCGCCCACUGGUCCUUCUGCUCCAUACUGAGUUACACAACUUACCAUUUUAUAGUUUAUCCAUAUAAAAUAAUGUCAUUUUGUUAAUAUGCUCAAUUACUUGCACUAGGUUCAGGUAAUGCAAUUCAACAGCAUUUUUUUUCUCCGAAUGAGAUACAUGUACAGUAUCAUGUGAGAAGACUUGUAUGUUUGAGUUAUGAAGCCUUAGGAUUGUAAAUGCAGCUGAGCUAUUAUACAGACUGUAUAAAACUUACUGGACAUAAGAAUAAAUAUUUCAGGCAAAUUACAACUUCUUUGUAAAAGGUCUAAGGUAGUGUAGAGGUUGUCUGUGGUAUUGCCCCCUAUCUUGUGGACUGUGGUGAGCUUUCUAUGUUCAAUCAAUGAGGAAUCUGGUGCUUUGGGGUCACUCUAGCUCUCCAUUAAAAAAUACACGCUAUUUAGUAUGUGCUAAGCAAGUGCAACAAUAGAUUGAUCUAUGUGAUAGCUGUAACAUAGUGUUCAACAAUAAACAUAUGCUGUACUUACAGCUUGUCCUUGAACAGCUGUUUGUCUCUCUAAUUAUGACCAUAGAUCCAGACUGUCCUUGUACAAACAAGGACUUCCAAAAAAGAUUGCUGCAGACCCAUCCAGUAACUUAUGGUUACAGGGGUACUCCGCCCCUAGACAUCUUAUUCCCUAUCCAAGGAUAGGGGAUAAGAUGUCUGAUGGUGCUGCUAGGGACCCCCGCAAUCUCUCCUGCAGCCCCCCGAGUCAUCAGCUCUAUGGAGCUAAGUUUGCUCCAUGGCUGAUGACUCACUAUACCGGGACAAGCGGUUCGUGAUGUCAUGGCUCCGCCCCCUCAUGACAUCAAACCCCACCCCUUUAUGAAAGUCUAUGAGAUUGGGCAUGGCCACCAUCACGACCCCUCCCAAAGACUUGCAUUAAGGGGGCAAGGCGUGGCGAGGAGGCGGAGCUAUGAUAUAACAAACCGCCGGCCCCUGUAUCAUGAGUCAUCAGCCGCAGAGCAAACUUAGCUCCGUAGAGCUGAUGACACUGGGUGCUGCAGGAGAGAUCACCGGGGUCCCUAGCAGCGGAACCCCCGUGAUCAGACAUCUUAUCCCCUAUCCUUGGAUAGGGGAUAAGAUGUCUAGGGGCGGAGUACCCAUUUAAGGGCUCAAUGUUUGCUGCCUUAAUGAUGGAGUAAAAACUAUAUAGUAAGUGCUAUACAGAUUGUGUUUAAGAGAUCUAUAGUUCUCUCGUUGUCCAUAAUUCUUCUUAGUAUUUACGGUUACAGCUUUAUGUUUAGUUUAAAUGAUCACUGUACUUUCAACCAACUGUAUUUAAAAUGUUGCUCUAUCUGUAUAAUCUGUUUUUAUAAGAACCUAUCAUUUGCCAUGCCAAUGACAACAGUAUGUGUUUUAGUGACUGCAAGGUAAAUAUAGAAGUAUGUGUCUUGUGUAAAGCAUACCUGCCGCCUAUACAGGUGAUCAUGUUGUGUGCUUUGACUAUUUAUCAAUUACCAAGAUAUCAGUUACAUCACUGUGGUAUGACCAGAUUCUAAAUGAGUCAGAUCCUGCGGUUGACUAAAGCAUUACAUAUUGGCCCUUAUUUACUAAGAGUGUUGUGUAGGUUUCUUUGUGGGUUUUAAUUCCUUACAAUUUAUUUUCCACGGUAUUUACUAAGGUUUCCCUACAUUUUCCACUUUCCCUACACUUUGCUUUUUUUUUUUUACACAUGUUCUGAUCUGUCUGCUUUUCCUCAGCUCAAAUCCACCACAUUUAUGUGGAAACCUUAGUAAAUAUGUUGGGUUUUUGUGAAA